GUUCAGCAAUAAAUAUCCAUCCAUUGCUCUCUUAACGGCUCUCUCUCUCUCUAUUGUUUUUUCCUCUCUAUGUUCUUUCCUCCAUAUCCAAAACCACCACUUUCACUCACUCUAAUUUCCUAGUCAUACACUAUUACCCUUUUUAUAGUCUCUUGUAUGCUACCUUUUUCUUGAUCUUAAUUCACACUUACGUCAUACUACUUGUUGAAAAUGGAUGGUGACCAAAAUUUGUCUGAUUUGUUUGAAGAUUCCGAAUGUGACAUCUUCAGUAUUUUAGACGCUUUAGAAGGCGGUGGUGGUGGAGGUGGAGGUUGUUAUUCGGAAUUUAAUAAUAACAACACCACGAUUACGAUCACUACCACGACCACGACCACGACAACGUCUGAUGAAAUUACAGGGUUGGUUUCGGAAGAAGGGAGGAAAAGGAAGUUAGUUUCUCAAAAGUCUACUGGGUCGAGUGCAACUUUACAAGAGUAUUCAGAGGAGACUGAUCAAGCAGAUACACCAAGUAGCAAGAGGCAAAAUUUUGCAGGGGUUACAAGUUGUGGGAUAAUAGAGGGAAACAAUACUAAUAAUAAUAACCAGCAGGAAAAUAGGAUUUCUCACAUAACAGUUGAAAGGAAUCGCCGCAAGCAAAUGAAUGAGCAUCUCUCUGUCCUACGUUCUUUGAUGCCUUGUUUUUAUGCUAAACGAGGUGAUCAAGCAUCAAUAAUUGGUGGGGUUGUGGAUUACAUAAACGAGCUACAACAAGUUCUACAAUCACUCGAAGCCAAGAAGCAACGCAAAGUCUACAGUGAAGUUCUAAGUCCAAGACUAAUCCCAAUUAGUCCAAGAGUACCUUCACCAUUAAGUCCACGAAAACCACCACUUAGCCCCAGAAUGAACUUACCAAUUAGCCCAAGAACCCCACAACCCACCAGCCCUUAUAAGCCUAAUCAUCACAAUAAUGCUAAUAGGCCUGCUGCACCCAUGUCCGUUAGCCCACUCGAACCAUCUCCCCCUAGUACUUCUUCGAAUUCCUCUAUUGACAGUCAUGUCAAUAAUGAGCUGGCUGCUAAUUCAAAAUCAGCCAUUGCUGAUGUGGUGGUGAAAUUCUCCGGCGCGAAUGUCAUAUUGAAGACCGUGUCUCCACGUAUUCCUGGCCAAGCUGUGAAGAUCAUGGCUGCUUUAGAAGAACUCGCCCUCGAAAUACUCCAUGUCAGCAUCAGUACUAUUGAUGGUACCAUGCUCAACUCCUUCACCAUUAAGAUUGGAAUUGAAUGCCAACUUAGUGCUGAAGAACUGGCUCAUCAGAUUCAGCAGACAUUCUGCUAAGAACAGUACUCAUUACUCUUUAGUAAUACUAGUAGUGAUUUUAGUACAUGUUUUUUCUUUUUCUUUUUCUUUUUUCAUUUGGGAAAGAAGUGUCUCAUUCCACUAGAGAGAUCUGACUAGGGAGCUGUAACAAUAAAAGAGAAUGUGGGUAGUUGAUGUCCGUAUAGAUUGUCAUGACUUUUAUUUUCUAGUUGAAUUGAUCAAUUAAUUAUAUAUGACCCCCUCUUUGUACUGUUUUGUUUAUGUUCAGUCUUUGUAUAUUCAUUUAUGUGCACUUAAUUUCUAGUAGUGUAUAUCUGUUUUGUUGUCACCUUUAA